AUGAAAUGUUGUGUGAAAUUCUGUGAGAGUAAAUCAACCAAAAUUUCUGAUAUUCGCUUUCACCACUUGCCUAGACCGAACGAUGGUUUUGUAAAUAAUGAAAAUUACUUUGGAAAAAUUGAGAAAAUCAGUCGACUGAAAGCUUGGCAAAAGGCUCUUGGUCUUGGUAAUAACUAUUCAAAAAGCUUUGUGGUGUGUUCCCUUCAUUUCAAGAAAAAUGAUUAUCUAUUACCAGUGUUCCAACUGCUAGGAGGCAUCUCAUGUAAAAAUCUCAAAAAAAAUGUAGUUCCAACUCAAAACUUACCAGUAAAGAAAAUAAUACCUACAAACAGGUCUUUAAGAAAGCAACAACGUGCUAAUAUUCAAAAAACAAAAGUAAACAAUCAAACUGUGGCUACAGUACAAAGUUCAGCUUCCCAACCAUUUGAUCAAGAAAGUAAUUUAAUAAACACCAUGGACAUUCCUGAUUAUAACAGUUCAUUAGAAACCAUCUUGAAGGUGGAUGCUGCAUGUGAAGCCAAACCAGUGAUGAGGGAUGCCGUAUGUUAUAUUAAACCAGUGAUAAAAGACGUGUCACUUGAAACUCAGACAAUGAAUGUUAUCAGUUUUAUUAAAAAUGAUAGUGCAUUAAGUACCAUGACAGGAUUACAAUCUUUUACACUAUUAAAGACUAUUGUAGAAAUUUUGGAGAAAUGUUUUACUUCAAAAGAAUUUGAAAAAAGUAGUUUGGAUACAACGAGCAAAGUUAUAAUGACUUAUAUGAAACUGAAACAGAAUAUGUCUUAUAGCGCUUUAGGAAUACUAUUUCAAAUGUCUCGGCAACACUGUCAAAGAAUUUUUGAAAAGACAAUAGUUAUGCUCAGAAGAACUUUACAGGUGAUGAUUGAUUGGCCCUCAAGAUCAACGAUUUCAAAAAAUCUGCCUUCUUGUUUCAAGGGAUAUGAAGAUGUCCGUGUUAUCUUAGAUUGCACUGAGAUACACAUACAACACACUAAAUGUCUGGAUUGCCAAAUGUCAACCUAUUCCCAGUACAAAGGUGGAUUAACUGCAAAAUUUAUGACUGGCGUUUCUCCUUCAGGUAGUAUAACAUUUGUGAGUAAGAUGUAUGGUGGAAAAUCCAGUGAUACUGCUAUUUUUAAUCAAAGUGAUUUAAUUCAAUUACUGGAACGUGGUGAUGCUGUGAUGGUCGAUAAAGGUUUUCUGAUUGAAGGAACUUGUGAAAAGAAUGGCUGGAAGUUGUAUAGGCCUUCAUAUCUUAGAGACAAACAGCUGAGCAGAGUUGAUACUGAUAAAUCAUGCGAAAUAGCUAAAGCUAGAGUUCAUAUAGAAAGAUCUAAUCAAGGAUUAAAAGUUUAUCAAAUACUUUCAUCAAUGGUACCGUGUGAAGUACACAAACUUCUACAAGACAUAUUUAUUGUAAUUUGUGCGACAGUAAAUCUAAGUUCACCGAUUAUAGCUGAUUCAAAUUUCAUGAAAAAUUCUGUAGAUGAACAUAUUGAAAUGGAACCCGAUCAGAGAGUAUGA